GAAUCGGUCGAUCUCUCACAACAACAUUCUGUUUGCAGAUCUCGAAGAAUUGAGUUGUCUCGUUGAAUAUUGAAAUUUGGAAGUGCUGAUUUGUCGAAAUGGAGGAUAAAGUGCAGUUCAAAGUAUACGCUUAUGGAAAAAACCAAACCAAACCAGAAGUUCGUAGGUUUGGAAUUGAAAAAAGUGUGGUGACAAGUUUCUGUUAUCUGGAUGCUAAGCUUCAAGAUAUCUAUCCCUCAUUGAAGCAUAAGCGUUUCACUGUUACUUGGAAAGAUGAGGAUGGGGAUGAUAUUACUAUUUCUUCUGAUGAUGAAAUGAUAACUGCAUUGUCAUCUAUGACUGACAAUGUCAUGAAGUUGAAUAUUCACUGCCAUGAGGAAGGGCCUCAGGAAGUUGAUUGUGAUGUGGUGAUAACUGCUUCAACAGAGAAUGCUACUGGUGACAAAAAUGCAGCUCACUGUGGAGUUAUCUGUGAUGUUUGUGAUGUCCCAGUGGUAGGAUUCCGUUACAAGUGCACAACAUGCGUUGACUAUGACCUUUGCUCCAAGUGUGAAGCAGCUGGCCAUCAUUCUGAGCACAUAAUGGUCCGUCUGCCAAUGCCCAACAUGGCUCGUGCAGUGAUUAAGGCAGCUAUAAGACGUUCCCGUCACAUUAUGAAGUCUGUCGGCAGUGCUACAGCAGACCUUGAACAACUUUGCAAAAGGGCCAAACGUGAUAGGAGUUGCGAGAAGAAGCGUCAUCAUAGUCGAGGUGAACAUCAUCACCGCCGUAAUCAGUCAAGCUGGUUUGAUAUCUUUAGCACAUACAUGAAUGAAUUUGCUGAUCUCACUGGCAAUGUUGGUCUUGACACUAACAAAGAUAAAGACAAAACUCCAAAGCCCGCUGAACAGGGAAGCCAAGAGCAACCUCAAACCAGUGACAAUGCUGCAUCAUCCACAUCUAAACAACCAGAUGCAGCAGCUACUGAAACAGAGUGUCCUUUUGCUGUUAAUAUCAAUCAAGAGAAAAUUCAAAAGUUUCUGCAAAUGUUAUAUGGAGACACCGAUCUAAACUCGGCAGCUCAACAGGCUCCUGAGCAGUCAAAUGUAAAUAAUGAAGGAGACUCAGGAGCUUCUGGUCAGACAUCAGAAGUUGGUAAAGAGGAUGCCAAAUCUGAAAUAUCAACAACUAAGGAUAUGAAUGAAACUACUACACGCAAAGAUGAGUCACCUGAAAGGGGUACAGACGAAUGGACUGUAAUAAACAAGGAAAAAGAUCUGAUGGAUAUGGAUCCAAAACCAAGUGCUCCAUUAGAACAAAAUGUGCCUAUUGGUUUCAAUUUGCCUCAGGAAUUCCAACAACAUGUUAAGAUUGGCGAAGGGCAAAGCUUGUACCCUCCCCUGCACACUGCUUCUGCUGUAUUGAAUCCUAAAGAGCUGGAGAUGCUGAAACCAUCGCAAGGGGUGACUAAGCCACAGGAGGCUGAGACUGUGAAACAGAAUGUGUCUAGCGGCCAACCUAAAACUGUGCCUCUGCAACAACAACCUGAAGGCUUCAAACCGAAUAUGUCUAAUAACCAGACUGGAACAAAACAACCCCAACCUCAGAGCUCUCAUAUUAAGCCGCAUAUUGAUGCUGCGAUAAAGCAAAUGCUGGCAAUGGGCUUCAACAAUGAGGGUGGCUGGCUCACACAACUUCUGCAGAGCACAAAUGGCAACAUUGAAGCUGUCAUUGAACUGUUAACACCAGUUAAACCAAAGUAGAUUAAAAAAACACAUUUAUUCUCGCCUUUUUGUUAAUUUUUU